AUGGCGACCAGUCGAAGCCACUACUUUUCCAACCAAGUCAAGAACAGCCAGAAGGACGGCCCAGGUACCCUGGAAGAAAGCAACGUGAACGGCACCGUGGCAACUGGACAAUCCCAAGGGAUCUCCGACUACGAUACAGAACGUAACGCCCAAGAGCUUCCCCCCUACACCCGCAACCACAUCGCAGGGCUGUCGACUGCCCACAAGUCGCUCGACACACGCCUGGCCUCCCUCGAGAAGAGCCACGCGGAGAACAACACGGCUCUGUCCUCCGAUGUAGGCUCGCGCCGCAUGGCCAAACGCAUGGCCGCUGCUGCCAUGGGCAUGUCUGCCCUAGCGACCCUCCUGGCGCUCGCGGGUAUUGUCACUGGUGCCGUGGCACUUCGAAAUCACAACGGAUUCGAUGACUGA